AUGGCUGCGGCUUUGACUCAGCAAAGCAAUGAUAUGAUGCAACAGCACGAGGCGGCGAUGCAGCGCCAGGAAGCCUCUCUUGAGCAGCAGAACUUCAUGAUGCAGCAGAUGGAAGCUGCUAGGCAGGCUGCAGAGGAUGCUCAGAGGCAGCAUGUGGAUGCUCUCCGUCAGUUAGGGGAGAAUGCUGUUGGUGCUCAAAUGUAUGGUCCCCAUCCCCAACCUCCACCCCCUGAAUGGAGUUUGGAAGACUUCUUGAAGCACCAACCUGCCAAGUUUGACGACAAGAAGAGUCCCGAUCAGGCGGACCAAUGGAUGAAGGACAUGGAGCGUAUCUUUGACGCCAAGAGGUGCCCGGAUGAGAGCAGGCUUGCUUUCACUGUCUACAUGCUCACUGGAGAGGCUGAGCAUUGGUGGGCCAGCAUGAAGCUGGUGAUGGAAGAGAGGCAUGAGGAUAUCACAUGGAGAGCCUUCAAGAGGAGGUUGUUGUCGAAGUAUUUCCCUGAUAGCGUGAGGUACGCUAAGGAGGUAGAAUUUCUCCAGCUGACGCAGGAGAACAGGUCAGUGGCCGAGUAUGCCGAGCAGUUCAAGCAUCUGGGGCGUUUCUAUACCAUGCCGCUCGAUGAGGAGUGGCGUUGCAGGAAAUUUGAGAACGGUCUCAGAGGAGACAUAUGCUUGAUGGUAGCUCCACUGUCCAUCAAGAACUUUGCGGCCUUGGUGGAAAAGGCCAGAGUCAUGGAGCGAAUGAAGGUAGAGGUGGAAGCUCAGCAGCAGCCACAGCAGAGAGUUAGUGGACCAUCUGGGUCCAGGCCGAGGAUUGAAGAGAAGAGGAAGCCGUAUGCAAGACCCCAUCCACAGCCGCAGGGAUCUGGAGGUUUUUCUUUCCCGCCCAGCAGGAUACAGCGUUAUCAUUGCGGAGGGCCGCAUGCGAAGAAUUUCUGCCCUCAGCUACCAGGUUUCCGCAGAUGCAACCUUUGUGGCAGGGGAGGCCACUUCGGCAGGGAUUGUCCUUCUAGGAGGGGGGCAGUAGCACGACCUUCACCACACACUCCGAGUCAGAGUUCAGGUCAGACUCAGCAAAGAGGAGGAGGCAGCAGGCCUCAGGCUACAGGCAGAGUUUUUGCUAUGACUGGGUCAGAGGCAGCAGGUUCAGACUCAGAGGAGCCUGAGUUGUUGUCUUCUCAUGGGGUUAUGAAGGAAAUCCAGGGCGGCGCACAGUGCUUUAUGGUUUUUGCUAGGAUGGAGGUUGAGAAGGAAGAAAGGAUAACAGUGAUACCAGUGGUCAGAGAGUUUGAGGAUGUGUUCCCCGAAGAGGUACCAGGUUUGCCCCCGAGGAGAGAAGUUGAAUUCUCUAUAGACUUGGUACCGGGAGCCGGCCCUGUGUCGAUAGCUCCCUACCGCAUGGCCCCAGCGGAGUUGGUGGAGUUAAAGAAACAGAUAGAGGGAUUUCUAGAGAAACAGUUUAUACGGCCAAGUGCUUCGCCGUGGGGAGCGCCUGUCUUGUUGGUAAAGAAGAAGGAUGGUGGCUCAAGGCUGUGUGUGGAUUAUAGGCAGCUGAACAAGCUGACUAUCAAAAACAAGUACCCCUUACCGAGAAUAAAUGAUUUGAUGGAUCAGCUGCAUGGGGCGUCAGUGUUCUCCAAGAUUGAUCUCCGGUCAGGUUAUCAUCAGAUUCUGGUGAAGGCAGAAAAUGUUGAGAAGACUGCUUUCAGAUCCAGAUACGGGCAUUAUGAGUAUGUUGUCAUGCCAUUCGGUGUGACUAAUGCUCCAGCCUUGACGCAUGAGGAACAUGCCGAGCAUCUGAGGAUAGUGCUUGGUAUCUUGAGGGAGAAGCAACUGUUUGCCAAGUUGUCAAAGUGUAACUUCUGGAUGAGAGAGGUGCAGUUCUUGGGGCACGUGAUAUCAACUCAGGGUAUAGCUGUGGAUCCAGCUAAGGUAGAGGUCGUGAUACAGUGA